CUCUCAACCGCUAUCUCUCUACGCAGUUCGGCCGCUUUCGAUGCGCCAAAAUCAAGAUCUCACGAAAUCGACAAUUGACGUACGGUGAUUUACACCCGCCCGGAAUUGUGGACGGCAGUGACGCUGGAUCGGCACCAUGGAACCGGUAACGAUCGCUGAGGUGACCAGGGUCUAGGGUCUGUCCGAGUCGGCAGUCCGAUGGCCCGGUGUUCAGCCGUUGGUGAGCGUGGCUGGAUGAGGUGGCUUGAGGCGGUGCAGUUGGAUCGGUCGGGUGCCGUAUUGCGGUGCCGAGCCGAGGUAUCGGACUGUGCGAGGGGGUUAUUCAUCCCGUUGAAUAAUUCGAUUCUGGUUCCUGCUGCGACAGGGAUGUUGAUUCGACAAGCGUCGAUGAGCCAAUCUGGAUUCAUCGGAGCGACCGUCCUUGGCGGCGCCAGCAUCCCAAUAUGGUUAGCGAUAACGGGUGUACCCAAUCAUGGAUUCAGAACGCGGUCUCAACCAUUGGUUCGUAGGGCUGGCCCGACGAUCGAAUAUUUCUUGUACAGGAAGCACUGCCUCACCCAAACUCAAUUUCUCCUUGCAUAUGCAGGGUCCAGACGGUCGGAUUUCGCAUUUUUUGAGCGAGAAUUUUCUCGGAGAUGCUACAGAUUCUCCUUUUCGUUGGUGGACGAAAUUUCUGCGAAGGGGAUGAUACGUAAUGGAUGGAGAGGUUCGAAGCAUGUGAUGGACGAUUGUGGCUUAACUGUUCAAGGUCUCCCGCGGAUUCCAAGUUAUGCGCCAAUGGGAACGGGAGGAUGGGGUAUCAUGGCCCAGGUCGGCUUGUCCCUUCAAUAGUCGCUGCAAAUAACUUGAUCAUACGGGCACUCCGCCAGCCAGUACGACUCCAGCGACAUGAUAGAAAGAUCGGCACAGAAACAAGGCAGCUGGGAGGCUCCAGAAUUCUCAAUGCUCAGCAUGGGAUCCAUCGCGGAUUAUGUAAUUGGUGUCCUAUUUCCGCUGGGUCGGAAAAGGAGAGAGAAGGGACGUGGAGAGGGGCCAUUCACGGUCCAUGCGAUUGGGUAGUGAAGGCUGAUGGCCA